UCAUUAGACGCCUUGUUUUGCAUUGUAAAUAUUCAUUAACACACACACACACACAUACGCCUUAUUGUUCGUAUUAACGCGAUGCUCGAAAUAUUUUUGGCGUUUUCGCUCGUCAAUUAUGGCACUCAUUUUCAUUGGAGACGUCCAGCUAAUCACUUGUUUUCUGCUUUUUUUCUUCUACUCAACUCUCGCAGCUCCACGAAGUGCACGACAGUUAAGAAAUAAACCACGAAAGAUGUCGCUGUUGCGUACUGUAUUGUUGCUGGCUUUCGGUGCCACCGUCGCCUUGGCUCAACGUCGUCUAGCGUUGCCGGAUCCACGGAGUUGCGCCAAUCGUGUUCGCCAUGCCACGUACCGUGAUGCGCGCGGCGUUGCCCACUCGUACUUCUUCAGCUGGGAGCAUGCGCCGACGCGCAGUCUCGAAGUCGACUGGUUGGAUGCGCGCAACAUUUGCCGUCGCCACUGCAUGGAUGCCGUUUCGCUGGAGACACCACAGGAGAAUGAAUUCAUCAAGCAGCGCAUAGCGCGUGGCAAUGUGCGUUACAUCUGGACUUCGGGUCGUAAGUGCAAUUUCGCUGGCUGUGAUCGUCCCGACUUGCAGCCACCAAAUGAGAAUGGCUGGUUCUGGUCGGGUUCGGGCGCCAAAAUCGGACCCACCUCGCAGCGCAACACCGGCGAUUGGUCACACACCGGCGGCUACAAUCAACCACAACCGGACAAUCGUGAGGCUGCACAGGGCAACGAUGAGUCGUGCUUGUCGAUUUUGAAUAAUUUCUAUAACGAUGGACUCAAGUGGCACGAUGUGGCUUGCCAUCAUUUGAAGCCGUUUGUGUGCGAGGACUCCGACGAGCUGUUGAACUUUGUGCGUUCACGCAAUGCUGGUAUUCGUCUGUAAGUUGGCGCCCACUGUAUGCUAAUGGAACGGGUGUGCUGGUUUUACUGUUAGUUUUGUCAUGGCAUGAUGGAAUGUGACGCUUGUGGAUGCAUGGAACGUGACCUUUGUUGCUGUUUUUGUUUAUGUUUAUGAUUUAUUUGUAUUAUUAUUUGUAAAGUUUUUGUUUAAGGCUUACCGAUUUGUUUCGUAAUUGGCAAGAAAUUUUCGAAGGUUUGAACAAAAAACGCUGCUUUAGUUUUUAAGUGGAAUUUGAAAUUAAUUUAUGUUAAAAUUACAAAUAAAAUCGAAAAACUUUGUUGAAAAUAUUUCAAAUUUUUUUGUAUUAUUUUUUCUCAAUUUGUUGAGAUAAAAUUUAGUCGCACCCUUAAAUUGCCUA